GUUUUUCGACAAGAUCGCGCACCUGUUCGUGGUGAAACGAUGAUGGCCGCGGCGGACCACAAGGCCCGGGGAAAUGCCGCGUUUCAGCUCGGUCAUUUUGCCGAAGCCAUAGACUGCUACUCACUGGCGCUUGAUCGAGAUGGGGAUCCAGCGUGGAACGCCGCCAUUCUAUGCAACAGAGCGUUUGCAAGACUACAGCUGGAUUCACCUGACGAAGCCGCCCUGGCCGAGGGAGACUGCUCGUCCGUGCUUCUCCUCGAUCCUGUCAACAUCAAAGCGCUGUUUCGACGUGCGCAGGCGCGGAUGGUGUUGGGAAACUUGAAGGAUGCCAAAGCAGACCUUGAAUCCAUCGUGGCAAUGGAGCCAGGGAAUCCACAAGCAAAUGCGUCGCUGGAUAUAGUUCGUGUGCAACUCGCCGCGCAAACGAAGAACGGCGUGUUCAAUCCUGAAUUCCAAGCGCAACUUCUCAACAACACUGCGCAAGUGAGCGUACUUCCCCCUGCCGUACCUCUUCGCCUCAAGUCACCGCGUCAAGACAAGGCAAACGCUACCAAAAGCCAUCGGUACAAUGAGGACUUUGCCGAAGCAUUGCGGCAAUGCUCCAUUGUCGCCCAUAACGAAGCCCAGUCUCACGCCACGCGCGACCAGGAAGUCGCCAAAGCUGCGUGGGACGACCUGCAAGCGCUCGAACUGACCGUGACCAAAUCCGCGCGCGGGCUCUCAAAGCAAGUAAAAAAGCACGCAAAACGAGUGCCAACCCAAGCCAAACCCCUAGUUACGAGCACGGCACAGCCAGCACCGAUCAAGGCACACACGGAUGCUCUGUGGGCCCAACUGUUGGAAGAUGAAAGGAAGACGCGCUCCGUGUACAAAUCCAAAGUUCGAAGCAAGAAGGCUUACGGAUAGUUAGUGAACGAUACACAAGAGCUGCGGUACACUACAGUGAUAGUCAUUCCCAUUGCUUGUACAUACCCCUAACUGAACUACAUAGUGUACACGUGCACACGAAGUUUUCCAGUUCUGGCCACGUUUGUAGUUGGGAUUGACACACUGGUGCUGUUGACUUGGGGCGGUUCCACUGCGCGUGCACAACAGUCUUGGAGACUCUGUCGUCUACAAUAUCACGUCAUAUUUGGUGCACAUGAUGAAUGCAUCCAUCCAUGUCAAAGGAACGAAGCUUUGGAAUCACUCGAGUUGUGAUGAAAUUGGGAUUAGCCAGCUGUGGCAGCAGCUGGAAGCCAG